AUGGCGACGGCCCCAUCCACCUUCCUCCUCUUCCUCCUCGCCGUUGGGCCAUGGACGCCGACGGGCUGCCUCGCGGGCACCUUCGGGUUCGACUUCCACCACCGAUUCUCCGACAGAGUCAGGCAGUGGGCGGAGUCUGGAAACUGGGUUGAAGGGCAUGGGAGCCCCUUGCAGUGGCCGAAGGAAGGGACUGUCGAGUAUUACGCCGCGCUGGUGGAUCACGACCGGGUUCACCGAGGGCGGAGCCUUGCCGGUGCCGAUUCGCCGCUCACGUUCUUGUUGGGGAACGAGACUAUACGGGUCCGCACUCUGGGAUUGUAAGCACUUUCAGUAUUAGCUUUUAUUUAUAUGUCUCUCUUUUAAGAUGGAGUUGGAAAUUCCUCCUCCGUAACUCUUCCCCCUAUUUUUGCGCAGCUUGCAUUACGCGGAGGUUUCAGUGGGGACUCCCAGUACAAGCUUCUUCGUAGCUCUUGAUACCGGAAGCGAUCUCUUCUGGUUGCCCUGCGACUGCAAGAGCUGUGCUCCGACUUCCUCCAAGAAUUACGGACUGGUAUUAUCCUCUUCCCCUCCGUUGACUGAUCAAGAAUUUUUUUAGAACCAAACCAUCCUAAACAUCAGCGUGAGGAUUCACGGCAGCUCACCGUUCCAUGAUUGGCUUUUUGUAUAGUUUUCAUGUAGCCUGGUAGAUUUAAAAUCUCUUUCGUCUUCACCAUAAAAUCAAUCUCUGAUUCGUUCUGUUCUUCUUAAACAAAAUAAUGAACGCUUCUCAUGACAGCGUCAUGGGCUUCAAAUGAUGCGAACGGCAUAAACUAUGAAGCCCAGGUCACAACAUCGAGCCGGUUACAAAAGGCGCUGACUUUUGAGUAGUCCUUUUUUGUGGCCUCUGCAUCGUCAACGAACAUGAAUCCCUGGCUUUUUCUGUUUUGGUUUGAACCAUCAUCAUGUUCAAUAUUCUCCACUUGGUAUUAGAGACAGUAGAAGGCGUAUUCCCGAUUCAACAAAGGCUCAAAAACGUUUCUUUUCUGGCUUGUGAACUCAAUCUUUUAACCAUCAAUAAAAGUUCCGACUUUGAUUUUUUUUUUCUUUCCGCACAAUUAAGUUUCACUGCGGAUAAGAAGAAACUGGGAGUUCUUAAAGAUUCUCUCUCUGGUUAUCAACAUACUGUCUCUGGCUAAUUCUGAUUCUCUUAUUAUGCCCUCAAUUUUGUUAUUUCGUGGCAGGCAUGUUGAUUGCUUCCAACCUAACUUACAUAUACUGUGGCAGGGUGUGGAUUCCAAUUUUAGUAUUUAUAGCCCCAGCUCGUCGUCAACCAGCAAGACUAUUCCUUGCAGCAGUGUAUAUUGCGAGCUCCAAAGUCAAUGCCCUGCGGGAGACAGUCAAUGUCCGUACAACGUUAGAUACUUGUCUGAGAAUACGUCCACAACCGGGGUCUUAGUUCAGGACGUCUUACACCUCAGAACAGAUGAUUCUCACAACAAAACCGUCGAAGCUCAAGUCGUACUCGGGUAUCUGCAGCCUUCUUUCUUUUCAUAGUUAUUUCGAUUUCCAAUGGAACCCAUAAUGAUGAAGCGUGAGGCGAACAUAGUCGGAGGCAUGGCCUCAUAGCUUCUGCAUAUUUCUAUCAGUGCACUUUAUUUUUUCUUCUUCUUCUUCUUCUUCAAUUUUUGUAAUGUCCUCUGAGUUUUACUUCCAUUUCAAAGGUGUGGACAGACUCAGACGGGCCAUUUCCUAGAUUCUGCAGCCCCCAACGGCCUCUUUGGUCUCGGCAUGACCGCUAUCUCAGUCCCCAGCAUCUUAUCAAAGGCGGGCAUCACAUCAAACUCGUUUUCCAUGUGCUUCGGCCGUGACGGCAUCGGACGGAUAAGAUUUGGUGACCAGGGCAGCUCUGACCAGGCUGAAACCCCAUUGUACACUAAUGCUCGACAGUGAGUGUUCAUCUUGACUAUUUAUCGUCUGGCUUGAUUCCAUGGAUUCGAGACGUUCUCUUUUAUAAUUUUUCGAUAAGAGUUGACUUCAAUCUCGCUUGUUUUCCUCUUGUGAAAUCUCUGUGCCAGCCCCACUGGCGAUAGUGAGUUCAUGUCUCGAAUUGUUAUCCUCCAACUUUUUCCGUGGAUUCAAGAUGCGAACUGUCAGACUUUUCAGAUAGAGUUGACUUCAAGUUAAUCCGGUUUUAUUCGUGUUUAUCGUACGACUUGUUCGAUGGAAUCAAGAUGCUGACUUUUAAAUUCGAUGACAUAUUUUCGUGGAUAGUUGACUUCAAUUCAGCCUAUUUUUCUGUUGUGGAAUAUUAGUGCCUCCCCCAUAUGCGACAGUGGGUGCUUAUCUCGACUAUCUAUUAUCCGACUAGCUCAAUGGAAUCAAGAUGUCAAUUUUUAGACUUUCUCGAGAGGAGUCAACUACGAUUUAAUCUGCUCUUACUCUGGUGAAAUGUUUGUGCCAGCCCCACUUAUAUCGUCACUGUGAAUGGGAUAAGGAUCGGGUCAGUUAUGCUCACUGGAGUUUUAAGAGCUUUAGUGGAUUCUGGGACGUCAUUCACAUACUUGACCGAUCCUGUCUACUCCCUUAUAGCCCGGAGCGUGAGUACUUCAAAUAAUUUAGCUCGAGAAGGAUUAAUCUACGGUAUGACCCCGUUUCGUUGACUUCUUUUCCUCUUCACUGCAGUUUAACUCGGAUGUCCAAGAUGUGCGGGUUUCCAUCCCCGAUCUUCCUUUUGAAUAUUGCUACGUCCUGAGGUUAAUCGGUGACCUACCCAAAUCAAAUUUUAAGGGAAUUUUCUUUUUUAUGCCAAAUUCUUAUUUAUAAAGGUAAACAUGCAGGCCUAAUGAGUCAAAAGUGCCCUCCAUAGGCCUGAUAAUGGAAGGCGGAAGCGAGUUCCUCGUGCAUCGACCCGUAAUAUUAGUCUCCAAUGGGGUAAGAUCACACUGCAUUGAGAGGAUCAGAUCUCACAUCGACCUGGGUGUGUUCAAUUGAUUUCCUCUUCUCGCCUCUUCUUUUCUUAUGAUGCAGGUCAACGCAUAUUACUGCUUGGCAAUCACCAAGAGCAACGAUUAUAAUAUCAUUGGACGUAAGCCCGGAACUACCCAUCUUAGCACCAUCAAAUCCCACUAAUCCUUGGUCAAUCUACUCUUCGCAUCAUGCCUAGUCAACACCGCUGUCUAUCUGAUAUUCAUUGAGUGGACUGAUGCGUUCCUAUUUUUCUAUAAUUGGUAAUAAAUCCCGGGUCCUGAUCUGUUGUGCAGAGAAUUUCAUGACCGGGCUUCGAAUUGUCUUCAACAGAGACAAGCUCGUGUUGGGUUGGAAGGAAUUCAACUGUGAGUGGGGUCGAAGCCAGGCCAUAAAAUCUGCUACUUUCCUGGCUGAUCUUGGAUGCUGACAUGGAUUUUGUUUGCACCCAGGUUAUGAUCAGGAGACCAGCACUCUGACAGUGAAACCAGGGAGCCCGGGUGCUCCACCGACUAUUGCGGUAGCCCCCAGCGGCUUGGACCAGGAAGCAACCGUUAACAGAGACAAAACCAGGGGGAUGGGGCCAUCCCUUUCAUCCACCCACUCGCUGAAUACUCACCUGUUCAGAUGGAUUCUCCCCCUCCUGUCUCUGCUCUGCAUGGCCAUUCUUUGA